UGAAGAGGUAUUGGGCCUGACUGUGUGACUUGCCUACUUGGCCCAUGUGGCCCAUGUUAGAGAGUGUUCUGAAGAUGCUUUAUAAGGGACUCGUUCCCUUCAUCCUGACCUAGCCACCACAGCUCUUAGAGCAUUCAGGUUAGACACUAUCUCUUUGUACAUCAUGGUAUCAGAGCAAGGGGCGAUGGAGGUGGCGAUGGUGACUGCAGCAGUGGCCUAAGGUGGAGCUGGGAGGACUGCUCAGGUGGUGGUGCUGAUUCAGGAGGUGGCGUGGGUUCUGGUGGUGCUGUGCUGAGAGGAAGUGGACUGGAGGAGUGUCUGCUGGUGCUGUGCAAGAUGGGGGAUGAGCUCACAACAGCUCUUGAGAAGCUGGCCCAGCUUCUCGUGGCCAAGAAUGCUGAGAGCACUUCUGCUGAAGGGGGUGCUGCUCGUCUUUCACAAGCAGAGAUGGUGCAGAAGGUGGAGCUCAUGCCAAAUGAGGUAAAGUUAGAAGGGAUGAGCAACUACCUGAGUUGGUCAAGGAGAGCAUUGCUCAUUCUGAGGACAAAAGGCCUGGAUGGGCAUGUUCAGGGAAGUGUUGCUGAACCGGAAGAUAAGGGGAGUGCAGACUGGAAGAAAUGGAGUGCGACAGACUCCUUGAUUUUUGCUUGGCUGCUGAACUCUUUGACCCCCUGUAUUGCUGCUUCAGCUGAGGGGCUUCCAAAUGCUGCGGAGGUUUGGAGUACUUUGUCGAAAAUGUACUCGGGAAAGGGAAAUCUGAUGCUGAUGGCGCAGAUUGAGGAUGCUGUGCACGAUUUGUGUCAAGGUGAGAAGGACCUGAUGGUGUAUGUGGCUGAGUUGCAGCGUCUCUGGUCUGAUUUGGAUCACUGUGAUCCCCUAGAGCUUCCUCAUUCAGAUUGUGUGGUGACUGUUAAACAAUAUGUGGAACGCCGCCGUGUGAUGAAGUUUCUGAAGGGGCUGAACUCCUGUUUUGAGAGCAGACGUGCUACCUUACUGCACCAGCCCAAGCUUCCUUCCCUUGAUGAAGCUAUCUCAGCCAUGUCACAAGAGGAGGUCCGUCUAAAAUCUGUUGGACGCAGCGAACAGUCUCUGCAAUCUGCCAUUUCAAUGACAACAAGGAAUGAAACAAGAGACUGUUUUACCUGUGGAGAAUCAGGGCACUUGAGCAGAUUCUGUACUUCAUCAUAAGGGGAAGAGGAAGAGGAUACAACUACAGAGGUGGCGGUUACAACCACAGAGGUGGUCGUGGUUGGGUUGGCAACAACAACAGAGGUGGCCGUGGCUGGGUUGCUGGUCCUUGGCAUGGAGAAGGGGCUCAUAGGGCAAAUAUAUCUGCAUCAAGUGAAGGCAAACAACGUGUAACCAGAGAGCCUAGAGAGGGAUCAGAAGCUACUACUUCAAGAUUUGGCAACUUCGCCAACUUUGUCGACACCAAUAAAGGAGAGGGUGACGAGCAGGAAGCUUGGGACUGGGACCAGGCAUAGCGGACUGUGGUACAUGGACCGCAGCGUGCCAAGCGAGGAUGGGAAUCAAGGACUAGUGGCUGUGAUUGAAGACAAGGAGACUAGAGCUCUAAUCCAUCACUGUCGAAUGGGACAUGUCUCUUUUGACAAAAUGUAUCAAAUAUUUCCUGAUGUAAUGAGGGGUGUUGACAGAAGCAAGCUCAAGUGUGAUGCUUGUGAGUAUGCCAAACAUACUAGAACCUCUUAUGUGAGUAAGGGGGUCAGAAGUAUCUCUCCGUUUGUGUUGGUUCA